AUGACGAGCCAUGGCCAUAGGUCACGUGGGAGAUGCAGGGUCUUGCCGCUGAUCCUGCUGUGCGUCGCAAGUGCGCAGUGGGCCGCGCAGUGGACGUUCGUCCCCCCUGCCAGGCUUGUCAAAGGAUCGCCGGAGGCUGCCAGUCCAUCUGCCCAGGCCGCACAUGCCGCCCCUGCCGCUGCGGAGCAGGGGGGCUUGUUCUCUGCACUUGCGGCAUAUGGCCACUACCUCGGUUUGGUCUUAGGCACUGGCUGCCUCGUGGCUGAACGCUUGAUGAUCAAGGCUGGCAUGAGUGAAGAAGAGGAGCAAACAGUGCUGAGCAUAGAUAGCCUCUACGGCCUGGUGGGCCUGCUCAUUGCGGGCACAGGCUACCUACGAGUGACGCAGUACGGCAAGGGCUGGGAGUUCUACCAGCAUGAGCCCAUCUUUUGGCUGAAGCUCACUCUGGCCGCAAUCCUUGGGGCUGCAUCCUUCUUCGUGACCGCCACCUUUAUCAAGCGGGGCCUUGCGCGAGACGAGGCGAAAAAAACCGGAUCGAAGUCCCUGGCACCUGUGACAGAGAAGCUCGCAGAUCGGCUGACCAGCGUAAUCAACGCACAGCUCUUGGCCAUCGGCUCUAUCCCCUUGGCGGCCACGCUCAUGGCCAGGGGGGUCUUGUAUGUCGAUUGGUUUCCAUGGCAAGCAGGUGCCCUCCCAGUUGUGCUGAUGCUUGGUGGCUUGGGCUUCAAAUAUGUGAAGGAGGCCAUUGACUGGAGCGAGGAUGAAUGA